GAACUUCACGCUCAUUUGAACGGCUGCAUCAGUUCGGCCACCAUGAAGAAACUUAUGGCCCAGAAGCCGCACCUUCAGAUCCAGAACGGAAUGACUGUGAUUGACAAAGGAAAGAAGAGAACCUUAGAUGAAUGUUUUCAGAUGUUUCAGAUCAUCUAUCAGAUUACCACUAGGACUGAAGAUAUUUUACUGAUAACUAAAGAUGUUAUUAGAGAGUUUGCUGAUGAUGGUGUCAAGUAUCUGGAAUUGAGGAGCACUCCUAGAGAAGAGAAGUCCACAGGUAUGACCAAACGGACGUAUGUUGAAACUGUACUUGAGGGUAUAAAGCAGUGUAAAGAAGAAGGCUUGGAUAUAGAUGUAAGGUAAAUAAAGCA